AUCCAUCGCUGUCAAUUCCGGUGUCUGUGAACAGAAUUUUACUUUCUGCCUAAUAUCCAUGUAAGCAUUGAAUUAAUUCAUGUAAUCUCAAACACUGAAUGUUGAAAUGCAGUUAUAAUAUUCUUUGUCCGUUGAACCAUUUAACAUUUUGACUAUGUUCUCUGUUCCCAUGGAAGAUGUUCAACAGAAACACAAGGAGACUCUACGGGCACAAACUGAAACACUGAGAGUGAACACGAUCCUGAUGAGGGAGAAGGUGAAGGUUUUCCAGCUGGUUGAUCAAUAUGCUGAGCUCACGGUCAUUUCUACUGUUCGAGAUCGGAGACUGGUGGAACAUGAGCUGCUGGCAAGAGGCAGAGACCACGAGGAGUGGAGACAGAAACAUCUCCGCAGAGAGCUGGAAAAAAUCCGGACUGAUCAGUUACUCCAGAGCAGCUUUUCCUGGAGUAAAUCCAAAACUGGGAAUUCAGCAGCAGUGGCUGGAGUCCCGGGGAUAGGGAAAACAACAAUGGUACAAAAGAUUGUUUAUGACUGGGCCACGGGGAAAAUAUACCAACAAUUCCAGUUUUUCUUCAGUUUCAAAUUCCGGGAUUUAAACACCAUUAACUGUCGAAUAAACCUGAGGGAACUGAUUUUGGAUCAGUAUCCUUACUUUGGGAAUAUCCUGAGAGAUGUCUGGAAGAACCCAGAGGGAUUGCUGUUUAUAUUCGAUGGUUUGGACGAAUUCAAACACAGAAUCGAUUUUGCUGACAGUCGGAGAGAUACAGAACCAAAGCACCAGUGCCCAGAUCCCGAGUGGUGGUGUGAAGUGUCUGACAUUGUGUACAGUUUAAUCCAGGGCAAGCUGCUCCCAGGGUGUUCAGUGCUUGUGACCACCCGUCCCACUGCGUUACAUUUAUUGGAAAAGGCAGAGAUCAGUGUCUGGGCUGAAAUCCUGGGAUUGGUUGGUGAGGAAAGGAAGGAAUAUUUCAGCAGGCAUUUUGAAGAUCAGACUGUGGCGGCAGCUGUUUUCAAAUAUGUGAAGGAGAACGAGAUCCUGUACACCAUGAGCUACAACCCCUCCUACUGCUGGAUCCUCGCUCUGGCACUGGGCCCUUUCUUCACACAAAGAGUCAGGGACCCGCAGCGAGUUCCCAAGACCAUCACCCAACUGUACUCCUACUAUAUUUACAACAUCCUGAAAAACCACGGCCGUGAGAUUGAGAACCCCCGUGAUGUGUUACUCAGGGUUGGUCAGAUGGCCUUCAGAGGAGUGUCCGAGAAGAAGAUUGUGUUUACAGAUGAUGAUUUGAUCAACCACAAUCUGCAGCCUUCCCAGUUCCUGUCCGGGUUCCUGAUGGAGCUUUUGGAGAGAGAGGAUUCUGCCCGGUGUGUGGUGUACACAUUCCCACACCUCACCAUCCAAGAGUUUGUAGCUGCAGUCGCACAAUUCCUGAAUCCACAUCCCGGGGAUAUCCUGAUAUUCCUCAAUGAAGCCCACAACACGACAGAUGGACGAUUUGAGGUAUUUCUUCGUUUUGUUGCUGGUCUCUCCUCCCCAAUGACAGCUCGGGGCCUGGAAGAGUUUCUGGGUCCAUUUCCUCAUGAAACAACCUGCCAGGUGAUUGACUGGGUGAAGGAGGAGGUUAAACGCCAGAUUGGAAACACAUGGAGUGAAGCUGGUAAAAGGAGCCUCUUGAACACAUUGCACUACCUGUUUGAGUCUCAGAAUCGUGGACUGGCUCAGGCCGCACUGGAAUCAAUGGAAUCACUUUCAUUCCGUGGAAUGACACUGACCCCGAUUGACUGCGCGGUCCUGUCUCAUGUCAUCGGACUCCGUGACACAAUAAAACACCUCGACCUGGAGUACUGCCUUGUUCAGAGUGAAGGAAUCCAGCGGCUGGGACCCGGGCUGCACAAGUGCCAGGAUUUGAGACUUGCGGGGAAUGAACUGGGAGAUUCAGGAGUGAAACUGGUGUCUGCGGCUCUGAGGAACCCGGAGUGUAAAAUACAGAAACUGGGGUUGGACAAUAUCGAUCUCACAGUUUCUGGUGCCGAGAAUCUUGCCUCUGCUCUCGGAACAAACCGAUCACUGAUGGAUCUGAACAUGGGUCGUAAUAAACUGGGAGAUUCAGGAGUGAAACUGGUGUCUGUGGCUCUGAGGAACCUGGAGUGUAAAAUACAGAAACUGGGGCUGAGAGAUAACAGUCUCACAGAUUCUGGUGUCGAGGAUCUCGUCUCCGCUCUCAGUACAAACCCAUCACUGACGGAGCUGGAUCUGAGUGAAAAUAAACUGGGAGAUUCAGGAGUGAAACUGGUUUCUGAGGCUCUGAGGAACCCAGAGUGUAAAAUACAGAAACUGCUUCUGUACAAUGUCGGUCUCAGGGAUUCUGGCGCCGAGGAUCUCGCCUUCGCUCUCAUUACAAACUCAUCACUGAUGGUGCUGGACCUGGGAUUAAACUCGCUCACAGACAAAUCUGUCCCGGCUCUCCGCCGCGUCAUACUGACCCUCCCGAGUCUGGUGCGGAUCGGGCUGCACUGGAAUCGGUUCAGUCCAACAGGAGAGAGGGAACUGAGAUCUCUGCAGGAACCCAGACCAGGACUGAGAGUGGAGUUGUGAAGAUCUGAAUGUGUGAACAUCGCUGCUCGCUGGAUGAGGACAUGUUGGCCGAUUUCCUGCAAAACACGUUUAAUUUCUAACCGUUCUAACAGAUCCCUGCUUCAGCCGAGCUCUCUGUGAUCUCAGAGGUGGUGCCGCAGUGACGUGAUUCCGUGUCCUAUCUAGUUGAAACAUUCCUUAAUUUACAUUUGUCAUGAUGAAAUCAAUAAACUGCUGUAACUUCCUG